ACGUAUGGAAAAAAAUGUAUCACAUAACACUGUCGUAGUUGUAUUUUUUAUUUAAUUGAAACGUAUAAUCGUUAAAUUUGUGGCUUGCAAUUAGUUAAAAGUGGUUGUUGAUGCCACCAACUACGUCACAGUUCGCGAACACACCGACACAAUUGUUAAAUCGAUAUCUAUAUGUACAUAUAACGAGCAUCCGAUAAUUGCGAGUGCACGCGUUUCGUUCGUUGCGUAUUUGCGUCUUUAAGAAGAUGCAGUCGCUUAAUUGGACAUCGCGUCUAAUCUCGCGUGCGUUACGUAGCAGCUUUUCGACACUGCUCGACUCGGCAACGGGCACAACAACAACCAAAGGUGCAGGUGCUGCAAAGUCAACCUCAAAUCGAUCUCGGCCCCGAUUCGUCUCGGUGGUUUGUGGCUUUGCCAAGGACAAUCUGCGACACAAAUACAAGCCGGGCAAAUACGGCGAGGACUCGUGGUUUAAGGCGUCCACAGACACAGCGGAUGUGAUGGGCGUGGCCGAUGGCGUCGGCGGCUGGCGCAGCUAUGGCAUCGAUCCAGGGGAGUUUUCAUCGUUCCUCAUGCGCACAUGCGAACGCCUGGUGCGAUGCACCCAUUUCAACCCGCAACGACCUGUUAACCUGCUUGCCUACAGCUACUGCGAACUGAUGGAACAGAAGAAGCCAAUUCUGGGCAGUAGUACAGCCUGUGUGCUCAUCCUGAACCGGGAGACGAGUACGGUGCACACGGCGAAUAUCGGUGACAGUGGUUUCAUGGUGGUGCGCGAAGGCGAAAUUGUCCAUAAAUCGGAUGAGCAACAGCACUAUUUUAAUACCCCAUUUCAGUUGUCGCUACCGCCACCCGGGCAUGGUCCCAAUGUGCUUAGCGACAGUCCCGAAUCGGCGGAUACCAUGAGUUUCCCCGUGCAGGAAGGUGAUGUCAUUCUCAUUGCCACCGACGGUGUCUUCGAUAAUGUGCCCGAGGAUCUGAUGCUGCAGGUGUUACGCGACGUGGAGGGUGAACACGAUCCCGUCAAGCUGCAGAUGACAGCCAAUACUCUGGCACUCAUGGCCCGCACUUUAUCCUUGAACAGCGAAUUCCUUUCGCCCUUCGCCCUCAGCGCUCGCCGCAACAACAUCCAGGCACGUGGCGGCAAACCGGACGACAUAACUGUGGUGCUCGCGACCGUGACCAUGUGAAUCGUUAGUCGCUAGUCGUUAGUCCUUAUCCCUAGUUCUUAAAUGUAAUUAAUUGUAGCUUGUACUCGUUUAGUUUUUAGGAGUGAGUUUGUUCGCUAGUUUUGUCUAAGUUUAAGCUGCAUGUUGAGAUUGAGAAAGCGAAAGAUACAUUGAUUGAUUGUUAUCUACACACACACAACCACACCCACUUUUCAUACUCUCAUAUACUCUCUUACUAAUCGACGCAUCCUGGUGAGCGACCUUAAUUAAAUAUGCAAAGUCCAAAGCAAAGCGAAAUCAUUCAAAGCGAAUGUAAUGCCUUGAGCUAUAUAUUAUAAUGUAUAAGCAGAAGUGCUUUCAAAACGAAAUUAUCAGCCGAAAUGAUCGUUGUCGUCAAUGACAAUUUACUUACGAGUUCUAAUCAACAAUAAUAUACAUGCAUACAUACUAUGCAGUAUGCAAUACACACUUACAUAUACACAUGCAUACAUAACAUCCCUCAAACAGUUGAGCAAGUUGAAGUGCAAACUCUAUGCUUAUGUAUUUAUUGUAAUUAUUGAACUGAGGAUUUAUCCAGGCGACUGUCUUAAAAACUGUUAGUCAAAUGUACUCACUGAUAUUGCGAUUUAAUAAAAAAAAUAUUCAUUGAAAAUUAA